AAAAAAACGUUUGUUUGUUUGUUUCUUUCCAAAAAAAAAACAAUAAGAACAAAAGUUCAACAGCUUCGGUUUCAGGUAAAUCAUGGUAUUUUAUUUAUGAGAAAGGGACUAACGAAAAAUCAAGAACACAAAAACAAGAAGAUGGAUGAUAACAAAAACAUCAUCAAAGCCCUAGCUCGGUGGUGUCUUGUUCUGCAAGCCAUCAUGGUAUCUUCCAACACCGUGGCUCUCAAGGAACCAGACUACGUAAACAUGAACAUAACAAUACGUAAUGCAAUGACCGGGCUGCUCCGCCCGGAAGUCGUCUAUCGGUGCCAGUCCAGACGCAAAGAUUAUGGUUGGCAUCGAUCUACAAAACCAGGAACUCAGUUUUCAUUUCCAAUCAUUCUCAUUAAAGGCGAAAGCAAGAUACCGGCGAUUCACAUCUGCCGUUUCCGGUCCGCUUUAGGAACCGCCACACUCGUGAUAGAAAACACUUAUCUCGACGCCGAGAUGUGUCCUAAAUCUUCAUGUGCUCAUGAAGCGACACCGAAAGGGAUCUUGUUUAGAGGCCUUGAAUGGGAUUUCAAAACCGUGUUUCCAAAGCUCAAACCAGUUGAGUAUCUAGAAUUGCCGUGGACACCUUGGCCAAACAGAAUAUGAAUUUUUCAUCAUAUUUUUUUUCUUUCCUUUUGUAUUC